GGGAGCGGGAGCGGUCCCGGAGCGCACGGAGCGCCGCGCCCGAGGCGGGGCCGCUCCCAUGGAGGCAUUCCCGGGCACCAAGCUGGAGCAGCACCGGCACCUCCCGCCCGUGGAGUGCCUGCCGGGCGCCCGCUACGGCGGCCGGAGCCACAGCGCCUGCGGGAACGUCUUCAACUCCUGGAACGACUACCUGGGGCUGGCCACUCUCAUCACCAAGGCCGUGCGGCCCGGCAAGGGCUUCGGCCCCGAGCCCCCCUCGGUGGUGGUAGCGGCCGCCGUGCCGCCGGCCGAGGAGGAGGAGGAAGAGGAGGAGGAGGAAGAAGAGGCGGCGGGGCCGUACUUCGAGGGCGCGCUGGACUUGCACGACCUGGAGCUGUGCGGGCAUCACCACCAUCACCACCACGGCGAGGGGCUGCUGGAGGAGCGCUUCGCCGAGUUCAGCCCCUUUCCCGGGCGCGGCGGCCCCGCCGCCGUGGUGUUCGACUGCUCGGGGGAGCACCCGGGCCGGGAGGGCUCUGCCCACGCCUGGGGCGGCGUGGUGGUGGCGGGGCGGCUGCCGGCGCACCCGCGGGCCGCCUCCCGCCUGCUCAAGCCCGAGCUGCAGGUCUGCGUCUUCUGCCGGAACAACAAGGAGGCGGUGGCCCUCUACACCACGCACAUCCUCAAGGGACCCGACGGCCGCGUCCUGUGCCCGGUGCUGCGGCGCUACACCUGCCCCCUGUGCGGCGCCAGCGGCGACAAUGCCCACACCAUCAAGUACUGCCCCCUGUCCAAAGUGCCGGCGGCGCGGCAGCUCCGGCACGCCCGGACCGCGCUGGGCAGGAAGGGCCGCUAGCGGCCGGGA